CCCAAUUCUUCCCUCAUCAGUCCUCCCGAAGGACCCAAAAUAAAGCCGCUUCACUGUGUUUCUGCCUUCUUGUAGAGAAAGAAACGAACCACUACCUCUACUAAAAGCUGGACCAAAAGCAGAGCUCCAAACCUUAAUCAACUCCUCAAUCUCUCAAUAUUCAGAAAAAUAUGACUCAAGAUGUGGAAAUGAAGGACACUCAAGCUCACUCAAAUUCUCUCUCCUCCGCCGAUCCGCCCACAUUGAAGCAUUUGAAGGAGAUUGCCUCGUUGUUGGAAACUGGUUCUUACACUAAAGAGACUCGUAGAAUUUCUCGUGCUAUUCGUCUUACUUUUGUUAUUCGUCACAAGCUUACGUCUCGUGUGCUUCAUCUUUUCCUUGAUUAUGCUCUUGUUCCGGGUUCUGAGGCACAUGGAAAAAUCUCCGCUUUUCUUCCAAAGGGAGGUGAACAUGAAAUGGAAGUUGAUACUGCAACAUCUGCUGUGCAAACUUCAGGGAAAAGCACCUUACCUGAGCUGGAAAUCUUCUGCUACUUGAUUGUACUGUUGUUUCUGAUUGAUCAAAAAUUGUACAAUGAGGCUAAAGCUUGUGCUGCUGCAAGCAUUGCACGUUUGAAAUCACUAAAAAGAAGGGUCGCUGAUGUUCUGGCGUCAAAAUUGUAUUCCUUCUAUUCGCUGAGUUAUGAGCAAACUGGUGAUCUUGCAGAAAUCCGUGGUGAACUCCUUACUUUGCAUCGUUUGACCACUUUGCACCAUGAUGAGCUUGGUCAGGAAACGCUUCUUAACCUGCUGCUUCGCAACUACCUCCAUUACAACUUGUAUGACCAGGCUGAAAAGCUGAGAUCCAAGGCUCCCAGUUUUGGAGCUCAUUCCAAUCAGCAGCAUUGUCGACAUCUCUUUUACAUUGGAAAGAUCCAGACAAUUCAGUUGGAGUAUACUGAUGCGAAAGAGAGCCUUCUUCAGGCUGCCAGGAAAGCACCUGUUGCAGCUCGUGGUUUCAGGAUCCAGUGCAACAAAUGGGCUGUGAUAGUGCGAUUACUACUAGGGGAAAUACCUGAGAGAACGAUGUUUAUGCAGAAAGGCAUGGAGAAGGCUUUGCGUCCUUACUUUGAGCUUACAAAUGCUGUUCGAAUUGGUGACUUGGAGCUGUUCAGAGGAGUUACUGAAAAGUUCUCUUCUACUUUCGAUAAGGAUCGCACUCACAAUUUGAUUGUCCGUCUGCGUCACAAUGUUAUUAGGACUGGAUUGAGAAACAUUAGCAUCUCCUAUUCCCGCAUCUCACUUGCUGAUGUUGCUAAGAAGUUAAGAUUAGAUUCCCCCAACCCUGUUGCAGAUGCUGAAAGCAUUGUGGCUAAGGCUAUUCGUGAUGGUGCGAUAGAUGCCACAUUGGAUCAUGCUAAUGGGUGGAUGUUAUCAAAGGAGACUGGUGACAUCUACUCAACAACUGAGCCACAAUCUGCCUUUGACUCUAGAAUUGCUUUCUGUCUGAACAUGCACAAUGAGGCUGUUAGAGCCCUGAGGUACCCACCUAAUUCGCACAAGGAAAAGGAAAGUGCUGAGAAGAGAAGGGAAAGGCAGCAGCAGGAGCAAGAACUUGCCAAGCACAUUGCUGAGGAGGAAGAUGAUGAUUUUUGAUGGAGCUCAUAUUUCAUGGAUCCCCUUGCUUCCCUUAUUAUUGGGUUUGAUCCACUAGGGAAAAGCCUUCUAGUUCUACCUAUUUUCGGUUUUUUCUAUUGAGGUCAUGAACAUAAUCAGGGUACUAAGGUUUCUUGCGCUUAGUUGAAUGUUUAUUACACUGCUCCAGUUGCUGCUACAAUAUACUCUUAAUUUGUUAUACUUUUGAGUUUAGUUCCUAUAUUUUUACAAGCAAAUCUGGAUCUGAUAUUAAGCAGGAUUUUUUGCCUUA